AUGGUGGCAAAUCAAACGUCUCGGCCUGAAUUCAUUCUGCUCGACCUGUCAGUCGUCAUAGAUUUUCAGAUCCCGCUCUUCCUUCUGAUCCUCCUGGUCUAUGGGGCCACACUGGCAGGGAAUCUGCUGAUCAUUGUCCUGGUGGCCAUAGACUCCCACCUACAGACCCCCAUGUAUUAUUUCCUUGGGAACCUCUCGGUUGUAGACAUUGGCGCCCCCACCAUGUCUGCAUCUCAUUUGUAUUUUGACAUAAUUACCGGAAAACGGUCGAUUUAUUACUCAACAUGUAUGGCCCAGGCCUUCUUCUUCACCGUGUUCACCAGCACUGAAUUCUUCCUCCUGGCCGUGAUGUCCUAUGAUCGAUAUGUCGCCAUUUGUCUUCCUUUUCAUUACACGACCAUGAUGAGCAUGAGCUUCUUCUGUGAAUUGUAUCAGCUGGUUCUGGUGUCAUGUUCUGACACCUCCCUCAAUGACUUACUCAUUUCCACCUUUGGGGUAAGCUCCGCCCUCAUUGCAUUCGCCGUCACUUUCAUGUCGUAUGUCUGCAUUUUAAAAGCCAUGCUGAGGAUUAAAAUCAAGGGCGGAAGACAGAAGGCUUUCUCCACCGGCAGUUCCCACCUCACCGUAGUCCUCAUGUUUUAUACAACUACUUUCUUCAACUACAUUCAACCCAAAGCCAAGAAUGUUCUGAUUGGUCGCAUAGUGUCUGUAGUUUAUGCAUUUUUCACCCCGUUCCUAAAUCCUCUUAUAUACAGCCUGAGAAACUGUGAACUGAGAGGGGCUGCCCGCAGACCUCUGCUCAGAGCGACAAAGAAUAUGAGGCCAUCAACUGUCACCAGAAACUGA